AUGCUGUCACUCAAAGCGUUUUUUAGUUCCAAUUUGAGCUUCUUCAACAUGUACCGCUACCUCUUCGGAUUCUCCGGCACGCAGGGUGGGUCGCUCGAAAAAUCUUUCAUGCGCUCUCAGUACGGCGCGGACUUCUUUCGGCUCCCACGUUUCGCGCAGCGCCGAUAUGAAGAGUUGCCUGCAGUUGUGAUUGGUGGGCCUGCUUCUUGUAACUCGAACGCUGAUCCGGAAGUUGAUGCGACGAUGAACAAUGGUCAUGCAAAGGCGGGUGAACCCUCGCAGAACAACGGAUCAUGUUCGCAAGGCAGCUUCGGCGGGGGUUCUCAGGGUGGGUUCACUUCAGGUAGCAAAGCGGCGCUGCUAAAAGGUAAAGAGAUGGGAGAAGCCGAGUUUUUUGACGACGAUGAAGAUGCGAGCACCAUUUGCCUGGACGAUGAUGAUGACCUGCCACGCUGCAGCGACGACGAAGAUGAAGGUGACGCUGCGUCAACAAUAGAACAGAAACGUGAAGCUGGACCAGAACGCACGUCCUCUUCGUCUACCGUUUACCAUGGAAUCGCAAUGCGUUCUGACGAUCUACCUUGGGUCUCGGCCGUUAUAAGUGAUCUGAUCUACACCUUGCACCCCUUUGCAAGUGAGAUUCUGAACGCGCAACGGAAGCACGGCGCCGAUUCCGUGCUGCAGAACAUUCUGACUCCUCCGGAUUUCAAACGCGUUCGCGAGGGCCACUUGCGGCAACGGCAACGCACCCUCAAAAAUCGAAUUUCAAAGCUGGAGAAGCGGGCCCUGAAAUUAGAAACGCAUAUUUUAAACGGGCUCUGGAAGGUCGAAAAGUGGUUAGAUGAAUUCGCCUUCGAGACCAUUGCGCACGGAAAAUCUCCCUCGGUGCUGCAAGCGUGGAAGGAGGUUGCGGAGACGCGGGCAAUGCAACCAGUGCCACUUGAAGAUGAGGCGCGAAGAUACUCUGAAGGCUACUGGACAGCGCUACAGGGCCUCCAGACCGACUUCUCGCCUGCAUAUGCAGGUGCGGGAAAGCUCCUUCGUAACCGGGCCGAAUUCGAUUCACUUGUGGUGUUUGGCAAGAGCGGCAGUAGGCGGAAGCGAGGUUUCGAACGGAUUUUGGCUCGAAUCGGAAACGGCAGUAGCCCUCAUCUUGAUAACGAAGAUCAUGACGUGGACGAUAGUGCUGACGUUAGAGAGCUUGCCCUGUACCGGAAACAUAACGACCAUCGACCCCCGCGCAUGCUGAGUGCUUUGUUGCUUUGGUUCGCAGACGGUGAAUUCCGACGCGAAUACGCCCCAAGCGCGCUAUUCAGUGAUGAGUUUAGAGAGCUCGGUCAGAUGCAGGCGUCGUACAAAAAACACGCAGACUCUGACUAUGGUGCUGACUAUGACGAAGACUUUCCGGAAUCGGAUUUUGAGUCUUAUGAAGAAGAUAAUGCAGCUGCAGGAGACGACGAGCUACUCGAGGCCACUUGGCCUGACGUUUUCAACCGAGCAUUGGGUAUUUUGUUGCCCUCAUCGCGCAAGCAAAGUGGUAGCCCUGCAACGAAAAAGAAGGACUCGCGUCGUGCGGCCGCCCGAGCAGAGCAAAACGGGGAAGACGACAGCAGCUUGAUGGAGCGCACCAAAGCAAAGGAGCUGGAAGCAAAAGACGCUUGGCGUGAGGUUUCUGAGAAUCUCGAGGCUUGGCAAACCGCCGAAAAAGAAAGCGAGCAGUUGUCAAGAUGGCUCACGGAGACGACUGCGGCUAUAGAAGCUGUCCGUGAGUCGUCCAGCUCAAGUGCGGCCGAGGAUGAGGACAAAGUGGUCAUCGCCUCGGCCACAGUAGAGGAAGAUGGAAAGACGAAGACCGGUCCGGGUGGGCAAGGCAAGAACGGCACGCGUCAUCUGCGUUUCUCGUCUCCGGUUGAUGCCAUGUUGAUAAAAGCCCAGGCCGAUGGGACUAUAGAAGACAGCCAUGUGUCUUUCCCUGAUCUACGUCGUGCUGGGCUUAUCAUCUGUGAGACUAUCCGCGACGCGAACUUGCUGUACCGUGUUGCUCAAGUGCAUCCCGAGCUGCAGAAGGUCUUACGACCGGAAGUUUUUUUGUACGAUCGGUCCUAUCUUGGUGCCGUGGAAAUCCGGACGCUAAAACCAGGCAGCAUUUUGAUCGGAACUAACAUCAUCGGCAGAGGCUCUGACUUCGCAGCGUCAGACCUUCUUGUGCUGAACCGUGGGAUCCAUGUCAUCUUGAGUUACAUGCCGAAGAAUGAGCGCGUGUCAACGCAGGCUUUCGGUAGGACAGCCCGCUCCGACAAGCCAGGGACCGGCCGA